AUGCCUAACGUGAUGCGGUCGCCUACUUUAAAUAAAUCCCACAGCAUGUCAGAUGCAGAUGUGGAUAAAUUGAUGAGCACCGCCUCUUCAUUAGAAGAAUUCAAGCAGUCAACACAACGCGAUAGUAAACGUCGACGCGUGUCGGAAGACAGCCCAAUAGGAGGAAUUGAUAUUCGCAGAAUUAUUAGGGAGGAGCUUCGGGACAUACUGACUGAACUGCAAGAACAACAAAAUUCGCGCAUGAACAUUAUGGAACAACAUAUGUCAGAUAUAAAAAACCAAAAUAAUAACAUGCAUCUGACGACUACUGAAAUUGGUACAUCCAUUGAGUUUGUCAACGACCAACUAAAGGUAAUACAAUCAGCUAUCAGCCGUCUCGAUGAAGAACGUAAAGAAGUGGCUUCACAGAUCUCUAGACUUGAGGACAAAUGCGACUUGAUGGAAAGAUUCUCCCGCAAAACCAGCUUCCAGAUAAGAAACUUUCCUAAACAGAGAGGAGAAACCAAAGAAUCUCUGUUCAAUGCAAUUCAUAAAUUAACGAUCUCACUAGGUGUAUCUUUGGAUGCCUCAGAAGUGCGCGAUGCCUACCGAGUUCCCACCAAACAUGACAAUUCAUCUUCGAUGGUCGUUGCAGAACUCUCCUCGACUCUUACUAAAGGAAACAUAUUGAAGGCUGCAAAGAGGUUUCACGCUGAUUCCAUAAAGUUCAAGACCGAUCAAUUAAAUUCCCAACAUCUUGGACUUGAGGGGCCUAAAGUUGCAAUCUAUUUAGCUGAACAUCUCACCCCGAUGGCAUCGCGACUCUUCUUCCUGGCUAGAGAAUUCCGUAAGAGUAUGGGCUACGACUUCUGUUGGACGUCAAGUGGCUUAGUGUAUCUACGCAAGAAACAAGGUGAUCCCUAUAUUUUGGUAAGGUCUGAGGCUCAACUGCACCAGUUACGGAACAUAUGA